GCGGUGCCAAUCUGCCAUGAAGCUCUUGAAGCGCAGCAUCAGCGAGAAGGACGGCAAUGGCAGCGUGAUCCUCCGCGCCGAAGACCCGGAAGACAUGUGGCAUGUGUUCAACCUCAUGCAUCGCGGCGACACGGUCAAGACCACCACGGUGCGCAAGGUCGUCAAGGAAGGCGCGACGGGCUCGACCACGAGCCAGCGCAUGCGCAUGACGCUUUGCUUGCAGAUGGAGCACAUUGACUUUGACCCGAUCAAGUGUCUCUUGCGCAUCCGCGGCAAGAACGUCGAGGAGAACCCCCACGUUCGCAUGGGCGCCUACCACACAAUCGACUUGGAGCUCAACAAGGACUUUACGCUCGCCAAGCAGUGUUGGGACGUCAUGACGCUCGAGCGCAUCGAUAUGGCGUGCAACGUGGCCAAGCAAGCCGAGGCCGCUGCCGUGGUCAUGCAAGCUGGCCUCGCGCACCUCUGUCUCAUCAAAGGGCACAUGACGGUGAUUCGUGCCAAGCUCGAGACAUCGAUUCCGCGCAAGCGCACAGGCAACACGUCGCAUGCGAAGGGCAUGGAGCGCUUCUACGACAGCAUCGUCCAGGCGAUCAAGCGCCACGUCGACUUUAGCUUGGUCAAAUGCGUUCUCUUGGCGAGUCCGGGCUUUGUGAAGGACGACUUUUUCAAGUUUAUGAUGGAGUACGCGGUGCGAUCCGACGACAAGCUGCUGCUUGAGAACAAAUCCAAGUUUAUUCUCUGCCACGCGUCGUCGGGGCACAAGCACGCACUCGACGAAGUGCUCACCGACCCGAAAGUUCAGGUGCAGCUCGAAGACACCAAGGCGGCCGGCGACGUCAAGUGCCUCGAAACGUUCUUUGAGAUGCUCCACACCGACCAAGACAAGGCAUACUACGGCUACAACCACGUUGUCAAGGCCAACCAGCAAAUGGCCAUUGACACGCUCCUCAUCACGGACGCACUCUUCCGCAGCCAGGACCUUGCGGUUCGCCGCAAGUACAUUGAUCUGGUCGAGAACGUGCGUGCGAACGGCGGCCACGCCCGCGUCUUUAGCAGCCUCCACGUCUCGGGCGACAAGCUCGGGCAGCUCAGCGGCGUUGCGGCGCUGCUUCGCUUCCCGCUCCCCGACCUCGAUGAAGACGACAAGGACGGCGAUUCGGACGACGAGAACGACCUCGCCAAGCAAGCCAGCGCCGUCAUCGAGCUUGACGACACGGACAUCGAGUACAUGUAGAGAAGAUAGUGCGCCGCAGAUAGCGUUGCAUCAUAUGAACAAACCAUGCACACGUGCACUUGAGCCCCAC